CCUCAGGCUACUUCCUGUAGGGUGUGUGUGUGAGAGAGUGAGGGACUGCAUCUACUGAGAACCCAUCUCCUGCUGUAAACCGAGAUGUCGAAAUCAUUGAAGAAGAUAGUGGAGGAAAGCAGAGAGAAGAAUGUGCCCGAGGUUGACAUGUGUGAGAGAGGCAUCUCUAAUAUGCUGGAUGUCCCAGGCUUGUUCACCUUGUCCAAUAUCACUCAGCUGAUUCUCAGCCACAACAAGCUGACUGCCGUCCCGCCAAACAUUGCUGAUUUGAAAAAUCUAGAAGUUCUCAACUUUUUCAACAACCAGAUUGAAGAACUGCCGACACAGAUUAGCAGCCUGCAAAAACUAAAACAUCUCAAUUUGGGCAUGAACAGGUUAAACACAUUACCUAGAGGAUUUGGUUCACUUCCUGCUCUAGAAGUACUUGAUUUGACGUACAACAAUUUGAAUGAGAGUUCUUUGUCUGGAAAUUUUUUCUAUCUAACCACCCUGCGUGCUCUCUAUCUAAGUGACAACGAUUUUGAAACCCUGCCGCCAGAUAUUGGGAAACUCACAAAGUUGCAGAUCAUCAGUCUUCGGGAUAAUGAUCUUAUAUCAUUACCUAAAGAGAUAGGCGAACUGACACAGCUUAAAGAACUUCACAUCCAAGGGAACAGAUUGACUGUUCUGCCCCCAGAACUAGGUAAUUUGGAUCUCACUGGACAAAAGCAGGUAUUUAAAGCGGAGAACAAUCCCUGGGUGACACCCAUUGCCGAUCAGUUCCAACUGGGAGUGUCUCACGUUUUUGAAUACAUCCGUUCAGAGACCUACAAAUAUCUUUAUGGAAGACACAUGCAAGCCAACCCCGAGCCUCCAAAGAAGAACAACGACAAGUCCAAGAAGAUUAGCCGCAAACCACUCGCAGCCAAGAAUAAAUAGAUCAUCGAUAGGCGCUGAGCUCGGAAUAUGGCUAAUUGUUUUUUAUUUAUUUCCUGAUAUACAUUGUAUAGGGAUCACUAACACAAAAAUAAUCCUUCCAUUGUUAAGCUUUUUAUUAUGUCCUGCUUAUUUGGCAAGCGCAACCAUAUAAUACUUUGAUGGCUCAAACAGUUGAAAAGUGACUGUUACUUUUUUGUAUUUUAUUAUGUAUUUGUUCACUGGCAUUACUUAUUUUGCUCUUCAUUUAUACAUAUAUCUUAUAUUCACACAA